AUGUUUCAGAGAAUCCGUGGCGCCAUCGAUCGGACCAUUGCCGAGGAGCAGGCCCGCCAGCAGAGAGCCUCCGAGGGGGUGGCAUCGCCAGGCUCCGCAUCGCCCAGCCGCCGAUCAACAUCCGUCUCUCGGACCGGCAGCGCACGCGGCGACGGACAAGCGGCACGACGCACGCGCCCGAAGAAGCCCAGCCAAGACACCAGCACAAACGACGGUGUGCCCAAUGUGGACCCAAGCGUCUUUGAAGAUGCCUUUGCCCUCGAGGACAACGACGAGCCGGCGCGCUCAGCGACGCCAGGAACGCCCGCCGCCGAGGGAGCGGACGACGACGACGAAGACGAGGCUAAGGAAGGGGGCGAGGCGGAAGGCAAGGCGGGCGGCAAGGACAAGGGAAAGUCGGUAGAGAGGCGCAGCGAUGAAGAUGACCAGACUGCGAGUGCUGCGAGUGCUGCGACAGCCGGCUUGCCAGGCGACACGUCGCCGCCCUCUGCGACCGACACGCCGAAAGGCGCACCAGCGGCCGUGGCGCCCAGACCAAAAGCCGAGCUCACUCCGGACGUCCAGGCGCGACUGCGGAAGCUUGACAAGCUCGAAAAGACGUACCCAGAGCUCCUGCGGUCGUACCGGAUAGCACAUGGCCGCGUGUCGGCGAUUGAGCCCUUUGAACGGGCCCUCCGCGAAAACACACCUCUGACGUCCAUCCGCGACCCGACCGCCCUCAUCGAGUACCUCAACCAGCUGAGCUUGAAGAGCGAGAUGAUCCUGGACGAGCUGAAGCGCGUGACAUCCGACCGGGACGACUUGAAGAAGCAGCUCGGCUUGACGAAAGACGAGCUGGACGCAGUGAAGUCGUCCAAGGCCGAUGCCAAGGACGUCGCAAAGGGGCCAGAAGAGACCAGGGGCGAGGAGUUUUUCUCCAUCGACAGCGAGCUGCCACGACUGCAGGCCGAGACGGCCGAGAAGACGGCCGAGAUCGAGAAGCUGCAAGACACAGUCCAGCAGCUGAAUGAGGACCUGUCGGCCGCCAAGGAAGCCAACGCGGAGCUGGCGGAGCGUGUGCAGAGCACGACGAAGGAGCUGGACGCAUCCAAGGCAGGUAGCAUGUCGCAUGCCGCCUUGGCCGACCGCCUCCAAGACACCGAGUCCAAGCUCAAGGCCCUGGAAGACCAGUCCGCCGACGCCCAAUCCACAUCGGAGAAAGAGCUGCACGCGGAGAAGGAGAAGCGCAAGGCCUCGGAGACGCGCAACAGCGAGCUGGCGCGCCAAGUUGAGACGCUUACCGCGGCCACGGCGAAACUGGACAAGACGAUUGCCGACCAGACCUCCGAAAUUGCGUCCCUCACAAAACAAAACGCCGAGCAGGCUGCCAAGGUGGCGGAACUGAGCAGGAGGAGCGCUGCCACUGCAUCACCUGCCAAUGCCACGCCCGCGGCCGCUGCAGCUGCCCCGGAACCGAGCACAGAGCAGCAGACCGGCGGCGGCUCUGGCAAAAACAAGAAGAAGAACAAGAAGAAGAAGAAUGCCGGCGGAGCUGCUGGUGGCGCUGCUGCUGCUGCUACGACAGCGGCAACUGCUGCCGCGUCGUUGGCUGCGGCCGACGAGCCUGCGCUGUCUGAAACAUCCGAGCGCACGCUCGUGGGUGGCGCCAGCGACGGUCCGGACGCUGCCGAGCUGCAGGCGGAGGUGGCGCGGCUGCUCAAGGACGUCGAGGCCAAGGACGAACGGAUCCAGCGGCUGUCGAAACAGCGGAAGACGGAGGAGGACCUGCGCGAGGAGAUUGAGACCCUGCGGGAGAACCUGGUGACCAUUGGCCAGGACCACGUCCAGGACAAGGAAACGAUCAAGAGCCUCGAGAGCGAAAAGGCCGCGCUGGUGAAGCAAAUUGCGGAGCUGGAGAAGCAGAUCGCGUCGUCGUCGUCGACGUCCCAGACCCAGUCGACCCAGCUGCAGGCGGCGCUCGCGUCGCUCCAGAAGGAGCACGACGACGCCAAAGCCAAGGCGACGACGCUGCAGGCCGACCUGGGCGCCGCGCAGCAGCUGUCACAGACGCGGUACAAGGAGCUCGCGAGUCUGCGCGAGAUCUUGCAAAAGGCGCAGCCCGAGCUGAAGAGCCUGCGCGCCGACGCCGCGACGCUGAAGACGACCCAGGAGGAGCUGGCGACCAAGACGGCGGAGAUGCGUGCCCUGGAAAAGCGGGAGCGGGAGGCCAAGCUCGACACGGCGCGGGCGCAACGACUGGCGGCGGACCGCGACGCCGAGCUCAAAGCGCUGCGCGACAAGCUGGCGGCCGAGACGAACGCGAAGCUGCGCCUCGAGGACGAGAAGCGCGUGGCCGGCCGGGACCUGCGGCGUGCCGAGGCGGACAAGAUCGAGCUCAGCGCCAAGGAGGAGAAGGCGACGCGCGCGCUGCAGCGGCUGCAGGAGGAGCUGGCCGCGGUGCAGCCGCGGCUGCGGGCGCUGGACGACGAGGUCGGCCAGCUGCGGCGCGAGCAGGAGGCGCUGCGCGCGGAGGCGGCCCUCAAGACGUCGCAGUACACCAACGCGCAGCACCUGCUGGGCAGCAUGCGCGACCAGACGGCGGAGCUGUCCGUGCAGCUGCGCGAGGCGCAGGCGCAGGCGGAGGCGCGCGACGAGGAGCUGGCCGAGUGCCAGACGCUGCUGGCGGAGCGCACGCGCGCGGCCGAGAGCAUGCGGCAGCUGCUGGCCGGCGUGAACGAGCAGACCGACAGCAAGGUGCGCGACAUGCGCGCGCGCAUGGACGCCGCGCUGGAGGAGCGCGACCGCGUCGAGGACGAGGCCAACACGCUGGCGCGGCGGCGCGCGCGCGAGGCCGAGGACCUGCGCGGCAAGGUGCGCGACCUGGAGCGGCAGGUCAGGGCCCUCACCAACGAGCGCGACGACGCCGAGCAGCGCGAAAAGGACUGGCGGCGGCGGCGCGAGGAGCUCGAGCAGGUGGAGGCCAAGGCGGCGGCCGAGGUCGAGGACAUGCGCGCCACGGUCGCGAGCCUCCGCACCGCGCUGGAUGCCUCGGAGCAGCAGGUGCGCGACGUCGAAAAGAAGAACAGCGACCAGCGCCGCGUCCUCGACGAGCAGCGCCAGCGCUACGAGAAGCUCUUGCGCGACGCCAAGGGCCAGCAGGGCCGCCUGCACGCGAGCUCGCCGUCGCCGUCGCCGUCGCCGUCGUCGCCGGGCGGCGCGCGCAGCUCGAGUGUGGCGGCCGGUGCGGACGGAGCGCGGCACUCGAUGGAAUCGGCGCGGUCGUCUAAUGGCACACCCGCCGCGGCCGGUGCCGAUGCCAUGUACCUCAAGACGAUCCUGCUGCAGUUCCUGGAGCAAAAGGACAACAAACUGCGGGCCCAACUGUUCCGGCUGGCCUUUGGCCUGUCCUUUUGCGUGGAGACUGGCAAACACCGCCUCGGCUUCCGUGCGGCCCAGACGGCGCAUUCGGUUGAGGUCGUCGUCCGCCAGCUCCUCCAGCUCUGCCGCCAGCGCACGGCCGCUGUGUUCGUCGCUCACGAUGCUGUCCGUGCCCUUGCUCUCGCCGAUGAGAAGCACAUGGCUGUGGACGUAGUCGAGGUGCUCGGGACGGAGGGGCUCUGGCCCGCCGCCGACCAUCGAGCCGCCGCCUGGCAUCGGGUACGCCGGAUUCUUGGUGCUCACGAUGAAGCAGCCCUGCUUCGCGGCCAGGCCGAUCUGCUGCUGGACGGCACCGAGCGUCUCGGGCACCGUCAGGACGUAGGCCAGGUGGCUCUCGCGGCCGGUGCUGAUGAUGGCGUAGAUGCCCUCGCCGAACGCUGUGGCGGCCGGGACAUGCCGUUCCUUGUCGCCAUCGCCCUCCCGGCUUCCGGACAAAAACUCCGUUUGCAACUUGUCAUACGACGCGUCGGCCGCGAGCACAAACGCCAUGAAGCGGUCGCGCCCGGUGCGCGGCAGCACCUUUUUGGGCAGCGCCAGCAGCCGCGUGUGGCCUUUGCCGUCACCGCCUGGCGGACCACCGUCACCACCACCCGUGUCGUCGUUGGCCUGCGGCCGCAGGACGAGGUACGUGCGCGCGACGUCGUCGAGGCUGCUGGGGUCGUCCAUGUCGACGCGGGCGCGGAAGAAAAAGUAGAUGUUGCCUUUUUCGAGAAUGGUGGGCGCGUUGUCAUUCUCGUUGUCGUCCGGGCCGGCGUCUGCGUCUGCAUCCGCCCCGCCCUGCUCGUGUGCCGUCUUGUGCCGUUUGCGACCGUCUUUGGGCGACUGGCUGCGGUCGGCCGGCUGGUGCUUGUCGCCGGCACGGGCAUUGUCGCUGGGCUUCUCGCUUGGCUUCUCGCUUGGCUCAUUCUUGACCUUCGCGCCACUGGACUUGGUCGCGCCGUCCUUGGAGCCUCUGUCUGUCUCAGGCUUGCUGCUCACUGCCUUGCCUGGCGCAUUCGUCGUUUGAGUGCCGUGUCUUGUCUCAACCAUUGUGGAUUGCUGUUUUUGGUUUCGCGGAAGAUGAUAUGGGUCGGCGACAACAUGGAACGUAAAGCGAAAUAA